UUAAAAAUACGAAAGAAAGAAUAAUAUACUGUAUACGAUGAAGGUAGCCGGACUUAUCCUACUCGCUGGAGUUGCAUCCACAGGUACGAUAGAGCAUAUUGGUGAAUGAAUGACGAACUAUAUGGAUAACGCAGGAGGUACUUCGGUGGUGAUUUUAGGGAACACGAACGUUGAAAUGAGGAGAUGGGUGGUUUGAGUGAUGCGUUCGAAACACUUUUGGGAUACUAAAUGAAUCAUUAGCGCUACCAAUAGGUACUCGCCCUGUAAAUAUUGCGGUGCAUCGUAGAGACAAAGAGUUUGGAGGCUUGAGUCCGGAGGCACGUAGUUUCGAGUGGAGUUUGAAACAAACACGCAACAAGUGACUUGUUUCUUCUGGCGACCGAGUCGAAAUUUUGGUCGACAGACAAAGCGGAGCCAUCCAAAUAUUAUUUCACCGAUCAGCUAUCGUCGCCUCGUCGGUGAUGGAGAAUGUAGCCAAAGAUCACCUGCUGCCCUGCUUGGUAUCUGUACGGGAUGUCAGUCCAUUCCCGUCCACUCCACAAUCGAUCCUCAUCCUUCUAGAACGCGACCGCCAACUCUUAGAUCAAGCUUGAAGUGACGCUCUUAGCACACGCAUACACAUCCCAUCGAUCGUUCAGCUCCGUUGUAACCUGAAUCACUGCAGCCUGUGUCUACAGCUAGCUUCAUUUCAUUUUCUUCAUUUCUCACAAAAACUUUCUUCUGUCUUUUCUUUCGCCUCGCUCUCGUGUCUUAAACAAACGAAAUACAGAUGCUUUCUCUUCGUUCACUGGAACUCGCCUCGCGGCAGUUUCCACCUCGAGCGCCAACACGCUUUCCAUGAAGCUACACGACUGGAAGCGACGCACGGCCGACGAGUCGGACAUCAACGACGUCGAGAACUAUGAAUUCACUUUGGAUUCCCUCCGCCCCGCCCCUGGAUCCCGCAAGAAGAAGACACGCAAGGGACGUGGUAUCUCCGCCGGACAAGGAGCCACCUGCGGUUUCGGAAUGCGUGGACAAAAGUCCCGAUCCGGAAGACCUACCCGACCGGGAUUCGAGGGAGGACAACAACCUCUUUACCGUCGGUUGCCCAAGUUCACUGGACGACCUAUGGGACCCGGUCACACCAAGAAAGAAUACAAUUUGAUCCAACUGGAUGCACUCAAUGGAGUUGCCCCUGGAUCUACAUGCAACUUUGAAUCCCUUUUCGAAUCCAAAGCCGUCACCAAGUCCAAGCACUCCACUCACAAGGUUGUUGUCGGACGUGAAGAAUUCACUGCCAAGGACAUCACUGUUCAGGCUCAUGCCUUCACCAAAUCGGCUCGUGCCGCCAUCGAAGGCGCCGGAGGCAAGUGCGAGCUUCUGAAGCCUUCCACCGGAGAGGUCAUUGCCGCAUAAACUAAUCCAACACAUCAUACGUGUUGUGCAGCAUCACAACAUCUCAAUUUCCAAUAUAAAGCAAUGUCUUCAAUGAACGUACAAUCGAAAUAACACAGUUUUAACCAC